AUGUUUUGUAAGAAAUUCAGUUUGGAUAAAUCACCGGUGCUUUGUGAUUUUGUUAACAAACGCGCUUUACAGCACGAAUUCAUUAAAUUAAAUUGGAAUUAAAUAUCUAUAAUCACCAUGGCUGAAGGUGGUAGGUCCGUUAAGAAUUUACGCCUCGAGGAAGAACAAAGGCUAUCCAAUGCAGUCUUCUUCGGUUUGUAUGCUCUGACUCAAGCUCACAAGCCAACAGCAGAAUUCCAGAAAGUCUUCCAGAAGGAUUUAUUUCUCAAGCCAAAUGCAGGAGCUCUACCUCAUGUAAUGCACUAUUUGCUAACAAUUUACGAUGCUGAAGAGUUCCGGAAGAGAUUCCACUGGCCAAUUUACAAUGACAGAGAUGCUGAAAAGUCAUUUAGAAGCAAUUGCCUGAAGUACCUCAUGGAACUCAAUGAUAGAUUUCAACUGAAACUGGAGGAUCUUUCCACUUACAUGAUGCUCUUUCCGGGUGGCUUGAAAUUCCUCAAGGUCAUGGAAAAACUCAUGAUAUUCGUUAUCACCGAGGAUAUGAAGAAGAAGAAUCAGCUGGAUAUUCUUGAGUCAAUGACAAUUGCCAAGAGCAACAGAAUUAUUCAGAAGUUGACAGAGGAAAGGGAGGCAAUUGAUAAAAUUGCAGAUGAUACUCUUGAGUACUAUGCUGCAGAACAGCAAAAAAUAGAUGAUACUGUGAAAGAAUAUCAAGGGAAAAUUGCAGCACUGGCUGCGGAAAAUAAUGUGAGUGUUGAGCAGAUGUUGAGUGAGGAAUAUCAAUGUGCUCAAGAGGAAAAAAUAGCAGGGAAAUUGGAGAAAAUAAAUAGGCAGGUUGAUGUAGUAAGGGAGUACAAUUGUUCGGUGGACGAUUUGAAGAUGAAAAUGGAAUGUGUGGAAAAGCCAAUAAUUUCUGAUGAACUUAUUGCUAGAACUCAAAAAGCCACAGAAAAAAUCUUCCAGAACUUCCCUGAAAUGGAGGAAAAAAUGGGAAAUAAAACUUUGGUUACAGAUAACAAGGUCAAUGUUAAUUUUGUCCUGAAGCUAACAAGUGCUAUUCUUCCUCGUCUCACAAGUAUCCUUGAUGAAGAAUAUGCACGUAGAGAGCCAACAGCUUCAGAAGAUGUAAAGAUAAUUAAUGGUAUUGCCCAGGAAAUUGAUGAGAUGGCAAAGAAGCUAGACGAGCUAAAACCAUUUAAAAGGCCAAGUAGAGAAGAUUACGCAGCUGCAGCUGCAAAGGCCGAAUAUAAAGUUGAAACUACGCCAAUAUAUAAGUACAAUGCUCACAGAACCGUAGAUAUGUCCUCAACGAAAUAUCUAAUGUUUCAGGAUGAUGAAGAUGAGCAAGUGUCGCAGAUGCAGCUGAAUCAAUUGCAACAGCAACUAAAUCAUUCUGCAAAAUCAACAAAAUCUGUCUCUUCUGUGUGUUCCUUUAAAGACACAACAGCCAAAAAGCCCAUUGCGCAAUGUGAUGCUCUGAGCAUCCUUAAAUUUUCAAAUAGAAAGCGCUUAAAGCCAAAGAAGGCCAAUCUUCAUCAAUUGAAUUAUCUUUCGGGAACAUGGAGAAAUGAAGAUUUACUAAAUGCCUCUACUGUCAGUCUAAAUCCAGGUAACUCGUCUCAUUUGUCAAAGAUGAGCAUUGAUGGGAAUUUGCCUCUAGGAAGUUCAUCAAUGAUUGCCAGUGAGAGAGAAAUGGACGAUUCUACGUUCAAGUAUACCUAUAAUCCCACUCCCACAUCAAAUCAUGUCGAUUUGCAAACAUCUCCAUCAGGGCGCCUCACGAUGCCAUCUGAAAAUAUCUCAGCUGGAAUUAAGCUUAUAGUAGAAGAGGAUAUUCCGGAAGAAGACAACUCUCAAGUCGACUACAGCUCACGGAGGGAGAGUGAUUCAUUUAGGGACUUCUAUGCAAAAGUUGCUGCAGCUGAAAAGGAAGAGUCUCUCUUCAAUGUCAGUGAUAGCGUUCUCAAAGAUGUAGAAUAGAGGAUCAUCAUCGGCAUUACUUAACUCUUUUACGACGAGUGAGUCACCGGUGAUAGUUAAAUUUCGUUUUAUGAGCACCGAAUGCACUCGUCCUUAAACGACUUCCUGUUUUCUUAUGUAAAAUCUGAAUUAUAAUAAAUCAAAAUCAUUAUACGAUUUUGUGAUCAUUAAAAAUAUAUAAUUAAUACAAAA